CUUUGGCAGUCGCUCCACCGACGGCGACCUUGAUAGACGUCUUAGCGGUUUGAAAUAAAAAAUCUAAAAAAGAAAAUCCCCCCAAAAAAUCCCAACCAUAGAAAAACACAAUUUGCGAAGAAAAGCCGCCGCCGCCGACGCCGCUGUCUUCGCUUUCUUUGCGGUUCAAAAAAGUGGAAAAACAAAAGAAACCGAAACGAAACGAAUUUUCUAAAAAAACAAUAACAGUUAACGCGACUCAGAUUGUUUUUGUGUCGUUUCGUUGUGUGUGUUUGUGUGGCACGAGAUGAAGAUGUUUCAAAAAUGCUGAAAAACGUGCAUAAAAUGCUGCCGUAGAAAUGUGUGAAAAUGCCAGCAGAUGCAAAGUGAAGUUAACCAAGUUGAAGCCGAAAAAAGAAAACGCUUAAGUUUAUGUGCGAAAAGCAAUCCUGGCUGUGCCUUGUCUGCAAAAAUUAACGGCCGAAGGUGUUAAUUUAUUCACCAACUAAAAUCGGGCUCUGCUUGGCAGCUGCACCGUUGAAUCCCCCAGAGUGCGUUCUUAACCAGCUAUGUUGCUGUUAAGAUGCGGCUCCAAUCCUUACCGCUGCUCCUUCUGCUCACUUUCAACGCCCACCACCCGCCAGUCACGCCCACUUCGGCACCCCGACCGCCCACCCAUCCGAGGGUGAGGAGUCACUAUCCCCAUGAAGCUCUCGGCGGUGAGCCACUGAUGCCGGCCAGCCUGCUGUUGGAGGAACUGCAGCAGACCAACGGACAACUCAUCAAUCUGACUCGACAGCACGACGGCGAUACCUUCCAUACGAGCGGCUUGAGCAGCGCCUGCAAUGCGGACACCUGCAUCGGACUCUCGAGCGGCACAGCAUCGCUGGUGCGUCAGCCCGGCGGUGGAAGCGGUCAAGGCAACGAUGGACUCAAUCCAGCGACCUCGUCUAUGACCGGCGGUCAAAUGGAGCUCUUGACCCGCCGUCUUAAAAUGCAAAAGGGUCGUGGCCAAAUGGAGAAUCGAGAUACGAGUGGCGAUACCGGAUGCACCUGUCGAUGUCUUCCCUAUCAGCGGGCCUAUCGCGAGGACCUGGGAAUCUGUGUGGACGACAUUCACGAGUGCUCCCUGUCGCCCUUCGUGAGUGGUUCCUCCUCGGAAAAGAUACCCUUAGUCUUCCUGCCGCUCCGGGGUCAGAUCAUCUAUCCCAGCAGGGAGAUCAGCUUUGCCAGCAUUCACACACCCGUUUGCGCUGUAACCGGAGCCCAGUAUUUGGGUGCCAAUGGCUGGUCGGAUCUUCGUAAUCCCAUAGACACCGACUAUCCAUUUCGCUUGUUCCGCGAUGAGGGGCGCAGCUUCCUCUUGUGGCAGGGUGAAGCUGAUCUUCGUCAGAAAAUGCAGGGACGCCUAAUUGUGGUGCAUUUGGUGUGCCGGGACAUGACGGUGGCAAUGAAUGCCAGCAGUCACAACAAGGGUGAACCGCUCAUGCCACCCAGAAAUGUUCACUCACCAUGUGUGGCCUUCCGGGUGAAUGGUAGUCCCGUGAAAUAUGCACACAACGUUCCUGAGGUCUUCUUUCAGCCAGCCAACUCCACAACUUUGGCCUCCACAUCCGAUGGCAUGACCAUGCGGGAAUAUGUGGUUAUUGGGAUUUGCAGCCUGCUCUUGGGCCUCAUCUAUGUGGCCUCAGUGUUUCUAUACCUUUACAUGAAAAAGCGAAAACAGCACAACUCUCGACAUUCCCUUGAUAACCUGACCAAUGAUAUAAAUUACCCCAAGAACGAUCAAGUCACAUACGGAGCACCCUUCAGCCGGGUAGGGAGUAUAUACUCCUCCAAUAGCAUGGGUAUGGGUAAUGGGAAUGAGUCCAAUACACGCACCAGCAUUGGUAGCCUAAAAGAGGACAUGGGUAUUGUUAAAAAUAAUCCCUUACUGCAACAUUUUCCCCAAUUAAGUGAAAGGGAGCACAAUUCAGGGUUUGCCAGCGAUAUUUCCAACUCGAAUUCUGAAUGCGAAAUGGAAGAGAAGAUCAAGACAUCUGUGCUGGUGCAUCCACAGCUAAGUAAGUCACCAAAACCUACAGGUGGAGCGGAUAAUGCCGCAAUGGAUGUGGAUGACUUUCUGCAGGAUAACGAAUGUCUGCCCGCUGAAAAUGUGGCCGUAAUUGAUGAGCUCAUGAGUGAGGAAAAGCUGGAAAACCUGCGUGCCAUGGUCAGUGGAAAUGUACGCAAGAAGCUCUACUUCAAUCCGGCUUAUUUCGAGCCUCAUUUAUUGGCGGAGCCGCCUCAAGCUGCCAUUGAGUUUCUGCAAAAGAUCCGGGAGGUCAUCGCCAUUGCCAAGUACAAGAUGGCCUCAAAGCGCUACCAACCGUCGUUGAACAUUAUUCCCGAGGAGCUGCAUCCGGAGUCCAGUUCCAGUUCACCCACCAUGUACAACAUUCCCCUGCAGCAGAGUCUAGCGGGCAAGGGAAUGGGCGACAAGCGAAAUAGCAUCGAACAGUGGUUACAAAGUGUACCCAACUCAGAUGGAGCACCGGCUCAGAAGAGCCUCGACAGACCUGGUCCACCGACUCCAAAGAAGCCAUCUGGGUCUCCUAAUAAGGGCUCCCUGAGGAAAGAGAUAACUGCACCCAAGGAACGGCCACCACCGCCUCCUAUGCAGAAAGUUAAAACGGAAGAAGUUCUAGCGAAGACCUCUUCACCAGCACCAACUCCAAGUUCCCAUUCCAGCCGGAGUCCCGGAAAGAACAGUCCAGAACAGUCACCCAAGCCCAAGUCAACUGUGGGCAAUACCUAUGACGGCUUUUCUGCCUUUUCCGUGGCUGCUAAUGUCUACGGAUUUGCCGAGACGGGCGGGGAGAUCUACAAUAAUCCCAAGUUCAUGCUGGCCGAUUCUCCGGCGGCCUCGUUGCGUAGUGCCUCCAGUCGCUCCAAGUCUCUGAGGAAGCGUAGUGAGGUUCUAGAUCAGUUUGCCGCCGCCAAUUCCACUCCCACCUCGCUCACCUCCUUCGAUCGGCAGCACUAUAACAUGCUGAGGAAUAUGAAGCCGGCGGACAUCUUAUACGAUUCCUUGAAACGGGAAUAUGCAGCUCAUAUUCCAACGCCGGAUUAUGACAGCACCAUAGAGAAGCGGAUUAAAGACAUCUAUAGUAGCACACAGAGUAGCAUUCCAUCAGUACCCACUCCGGACUAUAGCUCCCUGAGUCGCAAGUCCCUGAAACAAUUCCAACCAGAUUCACCGAUUUACAGAAGGAAAUCCCCGCAAUAUCUCAUAGUAGACUAUGAGACUGAUAGCCUGGAACGUCUGGAGCCGAGCAAACGCAAGAGUUCCCACUCCUCCAGUUCACCGUCAUCCGAUGUGAGUUCCCAACUGAGUCCAAGUUUGAGCACAGCCCUUCCACUUGAGGAGGAGAUGGAAAUCAGUCACACUGUGUACGAUCGCAUGGACGGAUUUCGUAAGGAGGGCGAGAUGAAGAAGCGUCUGGCUGCCAAGCAUCAGCAUCAACAUCCUGGUCAGCAGCAAAGACAAAAGGAAGCGGCAGCAAGGAUUAAAUACGACACACCCUUUCGGGGAAGUAUGACCAUCGAGGUGGAGCAUGAGCCCCCUUCCGACCUGGAGCGCACGGAUAGCGAUCAAUUCGAACCGGAUACCCUGGAUCGCAAGCCCAAGAAACAGAGCUUUUGCGACAUUUCAGCUUGGGAUGGGCACAAGCAAAUCGAUUCGGACUUCAGUCAGAUCAACUCAUUGCCAGAUUUGAGUAGGCAGCUGAGUCCUGCUCCCAGUCAGGCCAUCAAGCCAAGGACCGCAUCCUUUAUCCUGCGAUCCAGUAACUCGUUUAGGAACCUGAGAGAGAUCUACGAAUCACCGUUGAUCGCCCAGGAGAACAGCAAAUACGAGAAGAAGGUAUCACAGACUCCAGAGGAAGAGGGACGGAUCUUAACCCUCGAGGCGAAACACUCCCGCCGCCAGCGUCUCAUGGAGACCUCUCCCACUCACUCAGUUGUGGAUGUCACAAAAAUUAAUAAAACCACCAUUACGAUUUCAUCACCCAAGCCAGCGGAUAAACCCCCACCUCCUCGACCAAAGUCCAACCAACAUUACUGCCCACCACUGGUGCAAAGUAAACGACCACUGCCACCACCUCCUCCAAGCUCAACGGAGCAUCAGCCUCCCGAGGAGGAUGCCUACAGCCUGCACAGUGAAAUAACCGAGGUGACCGGGAUCUCGGAAUUUGAGAACUCCUGCAACAACACCAUGUCCAGUGCUAUAUCGGCAACCACUGAAGAAAGAACUCACAAAAAGUGUUCCAGGACUCCCAAAGUCAUUGGUAAAUCACCGGAAGAGGACUACGAAGAGAUGUACAACAAGAAGAUCAACAGCCUGCGCAAUGAUUAUAGUCUGACCAAGUAUCUAAAACGGCGGAAGAGUCAGAGGGAGGAGACCUCGAAAGGUGGACAGGAUUCCCCAAAGGACGUUGCCCCCGAGGCGGAUUUCAACAGCAGCAAUAAGAACUUAAAGGAGAUGGACCUCGCCCAGUUUGAUGCAUUGUCCAUAAGUUCCCGUUCCAAUCGGAGCAGCGGUCAUCUGUCGGAGCGAACCAAGGAGAUGUAUCGUAAUGCCGGUGUGCCCGUGGGUAUAGCCUAUCCUCAGCGGGCGGCUAGUAGUUCCGGGAGUGCUAGUUCCGGCGGAAACGUUCAAACCGUCUAUCGCUGUGAGAUCGAACAAGCCCAGCUCACAGCUGGAAUGCAGAUUGCCAUUGGAUUGAAGGAUCGUGCCAAGAAGGCCAAGGAUUUAAAGAACGCGUGGCGUAAGUUUGUGACCAUGGCGGCCAAUAAGUUCAGUCCCAGCCAAAGUCCAGCGCCAACUUACGGCAGCAAAAACGCAGCCGGAUUCUUGGAGGAGGACGGCAUUGCUACUAUCAUCGAGGAUGCAGCUCAGUCCGGUGGAAUGGGACAGCCUGGUAGCCAGACGUAUUACGAGCAGCGUUUUGGGCAACUGGACAGUGGCUACAUGAGCACCGACUCCACGGAGUUGUACAAGCGGAAUGUCUAUGAUCGGUACAACUUUAAGAUGCUGUCUGGACGAGGGCAGAUCAUUCGGGUGGACACCAUCGAAGACAACGAGGAGGAAAGCGAUAAUCGUUUCGAAGAUCUCGAGCACAUGGUCUCUCCGGGUCACAGUCGUCGAUCGCCGGAAAAUAUGGCCGUUGUGCCUGGUGACCUCAGCGACGCAGACUCCGAUAAAACCCUAACUCGUUCUCAUUCCCAAACGAAUUCGCAGGAGCGAAAUGUUCGGGGUAGCACAACCACAAUGUCAUCCUAUUCCUCGGAUGAAAAUGGACGCGGACGGAGCACCUGUUGUGGAUCCUCGGAAACGGACGAGGAGACCAACGCUGAGGAUAUGUGGGAGUCCGGAGCGGAGAGUAUAGAAACGCACUCGGUGCUCUACAAGAUGAUUAGAAAGAGUUAGAAUAAGUAACGCCUAAAAGAUAACUAGUUUCUAGGGACGUGCAAUAUCGAAAGCAGACGAAAGACUUACAUUUUAAGGCUAAGUAACGCAAUAACAACAAUCAGUGCAAUAAUAACUCGGAGAUUCUUGCCAAACCACAAGGUGCAAUUUUGAUAGAUCUAAGCUAGUUGAUAAUCUUUAGUAUUUAGUUAACGGAAACCAUUGGGAACUGCAUACAAUACGCAAAGUGCAGGUACCAACGGAAUCACGAACCCAAGCCCUAAGAAAUCUAAGUGCAAUCAAUCAUCAUAUUAUAACGUGUAGUAUCGUAACGGAUGCGUAUUGUGAUAAAUAUCAGCAGUCUUGGGCCGGAAAUGUGCAAUCUUAGUUUUAGUCUCAGUGUAAACUUAAACUUAAGUUCUCAUAAUAAAACAUCGAUUUAUGUUAGAGUAAA